AUGCUAGGAGCAUUUGAUAAGCCUUUGUCCGAUAUAUUCCAGGUCCAACCGCAACAACCAAUCUCCAAUCCCCUUUCAACCGAUAUCUCCUCGAGUGCAUUCCAACCAUCUCCCGAUGAGGCUUUUGGCGAGAUGUUGCAAACUCUCGAAACCGAGAAACCAAAUGAGAAUAGGCCUGGCAUGUUCAAUGGUCCUCUUUGCGAAUCUGAUAUUCUCUCAUUUGAGGCUAGAGCACUGCUCCAGUGCGCUGAGCUCAAUCGUUCCAAUGCGAUUGAAGAUUGGUGGGAAUGUCCGCCUUCUUCUGUCCCUACUUAUGAGUUCUUGCCUUCUCCUUUUCCUGCUCCCCCUCUACCGUCUCCUGUGAAUACGGAUCACGGUUUCCCUUACAACCCUGCUUUGGAUGAUUUCCCUCGUUUCCAUGAUCCGUUGCUAUUUGAUGACUGUUGGUCUACUCUGCCCGGUAGCAAACCGGCUCCCCGCCCAAUGCUGGGAUUCCAGCAGACAAACGCAGUUACACGUUCAUCUAGCAAUCAUCAGAACCAGCGUCAGCAUAAGCCCCCUAGGAAGUUUCAUUUCGUUUUAGAGAAUAUCGGAGGAAAGGCGCCGGUCAUUAUUCAAUAG